AUGCAGGAAGACGUACUAACCGGUCCGUCAGAGGCAGAAGGAGAAGGAAAAGGUAAAGGUGAAGAUAAUAAGGCACGGUCAGACGCAAUCAACCUCAUCCGCGCGCGUACUAUCACCCGUACAUCCCCGACAGAGGCUUCCUCACAGGAAGGCUCUUCUCACGAGCCGACUGGUAUCCAGUGUGUUGUGAUGGACGUCCCGGUUGUCGAGAUAGAGCCUGUACCGGCAUCAAAGAAGGCUAAGAAGAAGAAGAAGGCCAACAAGAACAAAAGACUCUUGCUGGGUGAUGCAGGGAGUGGUGUCACUGGAGGUCAGCCUGAGUUGGUGGUCCAAAAGGCUUCGACCAAAUCAUCUUCUUCAGCAGGAAAGGAAGAUAGCUCGAUCUCUGCUUCGCACUUGCAGAAUAUAACUGCAGAGAGUGACCAGCGUGAUGCUCUGAUCCAGCCCCUAAGAAAGUUAGACAUUAAAGGCAAACGGCGGGUCCGCCGAGUUGACCCAGUGACUGGCAACGAGAUCUUUGAGCUGGUGCCUGCUCCACGCGUUCCUCAGCCCGUCUCAACAGCGAGAGACACGGUGAUUAGCCCAUCCUAUGCAACCGUCCUGUCUGGCAAACGCACCAUGACCAACCCAACCCCAGCACCAAACAACGGUUCUUUGUGCAACCCUCUUCAGUCCCCAACGAUAUCUGUUGACAUGAAGCCCUCGGAUACUGCCUCUCAGGCCCCAGCCCAAGGCUCCAGUGAGUUGAAAGCUGCAUCGACAGAGAUCCCUGCGCAGAAUGACGAGGGACUUGAUACCACUCAGCCUCCACAAAGCAUGCCCAAGAGCGCCAAUGCAGGCAGGCCCAUGUUGUCUCCCAUACGCGAAGUGUCUGGGGAAUUCAUACAGCGUCGAUCGAGCUCUAAGGGACCCGUCAAUCGAGCCGACCAGGAAGUACCAGGUUCGGGCUCAUUUGCUGAGACUCAAAGUCUCUUCACAUCUACACCCAAAUCAAACAGUACCACAUCCACCGGAUGGACCAACCUAGCGCUGCCGAUCAGUCCACAGACCACAGAGGCAUCUGAGUUAUCUUGCAAGGGAGCUGAUCACCGCAGCCAGACAAACUCGAGUGGUUCACGGAAAGUGCACUCCUCACAGGUCAUCAGCAGUCAUGCACAUCCACCUCCGCCGCCUUCACCAAGCAGCAGAUACUCGAUUUCCACCCCCACCGUGGCCAUCUCAAACACCCAAGGUACCCUGUCCACGCAGAAACCAGAGGGCUUUUUCUGGCAACUCGACAGCCACGGAUUCCCGUGCGCCAAGAAGGACUGCGAUAAACGCUGCAACCUGUGGGAUGGAGCCACGGUGAUUUGUCCUCGCUGCGGCCCAUAUUCCGAGAUCCGUUAUUGCAGCAAGACACACCUGCUCGAGGAUAUCAAGACACACUGGCUGUACUGUGGACAGCUGGCCUUUCGCCAUCCGUGUCGCGAGACCUCGAUCCCCAAGGCCGUGAGGGCUGGACCUCCUCUUAUCCCCUGUCUCCAUCCAUACGACAUGCCCGAGCGACAUCGCCAAGCGGUUUACUUCAACGUCAACGCAAGACAAGGCGACUACUUCGUUUUCGCAGAUUGGGCCGAUUAUGUAAAAGCCGAUUUUCCCGAGGACAGGACAGCGGUGCGGUGCUCCAACAAAGUGGUGUACGUCGUCAAGUUUGAUGGUCCUGCUGAAAAAGAUCGAUUCCGACGAGUCCUGGCAGCUUGUCUUUUCUGUACGUCAUUGCUGUCCUCCAGUGCCAUUCCUACUAACCCGGCCAAUUUAUUAGUGACGCUCGAAGUCACUGAACUGGUCGAUUAUUUAUUCCGCCUGAUCCGUGACAAAUUACGGUCGGUGUCCACUGCAGAACACAUCCUGGAUGCAGUCCGGUAUCAGAUCUUCCAGGAGUUCAACGUGACUAUCCAGGUCAUCAUUACAGGUGAAAGACAUGCGUGCGAGACCGAUUGGGAUGGAAGAAAUCGUCGCAAUUGCCCGGAUCCAGUGUGUCGGGCGGAGUAUCGCCGUCUCCUGGGCGCUCUGGGGGGUAGAGGUCUCUGUCGGCUCACUGAGACGCUGGAGUCAACGUACUGGAUCCUUCGAGCGGCUAGGACUACCCAUCCUACCGUGUCAGAUGCAAACAAGCGGAUGAUGGGGGAAGGAUUUGAUGAGGUGGCAGAGGAGGAUAGACGUGUGUUCCGACGGGGUGACGGUUGGGACGGUGCUGGCACCGGCGAUAUGGAGCUCGAAGGACUUAACGAGUACGCCCCUUGCCCUUAAAAGGUACUCGACCGACCCAGAGGGUUGGGUGGACGGGCUCCGUGGGCGCAGCUGGUUCUGCCUGUGAGAUGAUGCUGACUGUUUGUGCCGGUCUGUUUGAGUUUCUUUCGUGAGAGAUGUGAUGUGUUGACGACUCUGUGGGAGGAAAGUUCGACCUGGAAUGAAGAAGGUCGCUUGUCUUAAUACGAAGCCAGGAGAGGGAGGAUUCCAUCUAGUGUAAAUUUAACGAAAUCUGCUCGUUUGUUGAAAGCGUGGCAUGGACAUCAAUGUACAAUAUCCAAAAU